UGUGCCGUGGCUUUAUUAUUUCCGUGUUCUUAACUGGUGACAAAUACAAGCUCCUAAAGUUGCGAUGGUAAAAGACUGGUAGGGAUGUGGUUGGUAAUAAACCAAAUGUUCUGAGGAUUUAAUGGUUUAAACCAGUAUCCAGAGGGCAGUGGUAACGGUAACACUGUGACGUUGCAAUUUUGCUGAAGACCGAGCAGUUUUUUUUGGAGGCCUGGGGGUAAAGACAGUCAAGCUAACGAUAAAUAUUCGUUAUGUCUUGGGAAGAAUUGCCUCGCUUUCUGGCCUCGCCUCUGCCCGGUUUCUUUGCUGUCUGAUCCGCGUUGGGCACCAAAGGAAGCAGGUUAUCUUUAAACUCUAUUGUCAAUGCUGCGCAGGAGAAAAAUAUAAAUUACUCAACACCAACGGGUUUACUGUAGCUUGCUAGCUUGUGGGCCAUGGCGGACAGCUUUGGAGAUGAGUCCAGCAGCAGUGCCCUAGGCUUAGACGUUACUACGGGACAGGGGAGCGGAGCCUCACAGCUUCCGAUUUUGUCUAACUCUCUGCCGGUGGGAAUGUCGGCAACUGGCGGUGUGCACUCCAGCUCCAACCCGGCCUCUCCGCCUCUUGCCGCCACCGCGCAGAGUGGCCUAACAGCUGUGGUGGCCCCUAUGUCCGCUGUCACUGCUACCCCGGUCAGUUUUGGGAACACAUUGACUCCCGGCUCUUCACCACCCGUCGUGGCCGUGUCUCCCACAUUGCAUGCCUCCUCGCCUCUCCCCGGUGUUGGGCUAGGGGCGGCAGGAGCGGGCCUCCUCUCUCAAAUCAAUGCCACUUCCUGGGACCCAACUCUCAGCACGGACUGGGACAACGAAAAAGCUUCCCAGCAGUGCAUCCUGAGGAUAAAGAGGGAUAUUAUGUCCAUCUACAAGGAACCUCCACCAGGGAUGUUCGUGGUCCCUGAUCCUCAGGACAUGACCAAGAUCCAUGCCCUGAUCACAGGGCCAUUUGACACGCCAUAUGAGGGUGGCUUCUUCCUCUUCCUGUUCCGCUGUCCCCCUGACUACCCAAUUCAUCCACCACGGGUCAAGCUCAUCACCACUGGGCACAACACUGUCCGCUUUAAUCCCAACUUCUACCGCAAUGGCAAAGUAUGCCUCAGCAUCCUGGGGACAUGGACAGGGCCGGCAUGGAGUCCAGCUCAGAGUAUCUCGUCUGUGCUCAUCUCAAUCCAGUCUCUGAUGACGGAGAACCCCUAUCACAAUGAACCUGGCUUUGAACAGGAGCGUCACCCAGGGGACAGUAAAAAUUACAACGAGUGCAUCCGCCAUGAAACCAUGAGAGUGGCUGUGUGUGACAUGCUGGAGGGAAAAGUUCUUUGUCCUGAAGCUUUGUUGAGUGUGAUGGAGAAGUCCUUCCUUGAAUACUAUGAUUUCUACGAGGGUGUUUGCAAAGAGAGAUUGCAUCUGCAGGGGCAGAACAUGCAGGACCCAUUUGGGGAGAAGCGUGGCCGUUUUGACUACCAGGGCUUGUUGGCUCGUCUCGGCGCAACCCACAGAAGACUGCGAGAGAAAAACCUGGCAGAGGACAACCACAAUGACAACGACUCGGACUCAGACACCAGCUCCUCAGGGACAGACCCCGACAGUCAGGGCAGCUCACAGCCCUGACUUCUUGGACAGUGCUAGACUUAUAGCCCAAAACUAAAGACAAGAGAACUGUUUUGUGUUUCUUUGUUUGUUUUGCUGCAUCGGAGCAACAUCACAGAAGACGACGUGAGUCUUUCUUGGGAAUACGAUUGGAAUCGAGUAUCUAUUGUAUAAAUAAUACAGAAAACUAAAGAAGAGGUGGUUCCUUUCUGCUGAAAAAAAAAAAAAAAAAAAUGACGCCCAUCUGCAAGCCAAGUGCUGGAAAACUUGACCUGCAGCUUUGGAUUUGUGCUACUUGUAGCUAGCCGGUUACCAUUUUGAUCUGCAACUCUUAAAGCUCAAUUUGACUUUGACAUUCUGGAUACUUGUGAAAAGAAAAGGUUAUAGUAAUGGCUUGAACUUUCUAUGAUGUUCUACUUUGAUCCACAAGCACAAACAUGUUUUCUAUCUUUUCCACGCCAAUGAAAUACUGUCUGUUAGGGACCUGUGAAGAGGAGGCCUGAAGCUUGGAGCUGGUUUAAGCAAAAUCAAGGGACCUUAUCCUGGGAAUGUCAGGAUGAUUGGCCUGAUUUGGUUGAAGCAUGGUAAGAUCAAAAAAGGUGCUCCCCGUCUUUGAUUUCAAGAGGGAAGGCAAAGUUAUCCUGUGUAACGCGGAAGAUGGAGAAAGUGACUGCAGUGGAUUUGUGAGUCAGUGCCUUGUCUCCUCUAAGUGUAAAGCCAUGCCAGACCUCUUCCAGAUUUGCCAUCAAUUGUUUCUUCAGCCAGGCCACAACAAUUACAAAAAAAAAAAAAAAAAAAAUAUUCAGCAGCUCUGGAUUUCUACAAUAUUUCUUGUGUAUUAGCCUCUACAAAAAGUUCUGUUUAGCUUUCAGCUCUAAUUGUCCUGUUGAAAUGGUGCUUAGAUAAGGAGACAUUUCAAUUUCAUUAACAUCUUCCUUUAUGCCAUUUUAUGUUGUUUUCUUUGCUGUAAUCAGACAUCAAACUAACAAUAACUUAAAAUAUGUAUGAUGUAUUAUUUGUAAUCUUAGCUGGGGUUUGGGGUUUUUUGUUUUUAACCAAUUUUUCAAACCAAAUUGUCUCACGCUUUCACUAGAUUCACUUUAUAUCAGGGAAAUUAAUGGAAGGAAUACAAAACUCUGUUCUUGUAUGGACAGUGAAUUAACCCAACCAGUUUGUUCUUCUCAGGCUUUUUUGAUGCUUUGGUAGUUGUUUCUCCAUUAUCCAACCCUUAAAGGUGGCCCUCGCAAUGAACUAAUAUUCAUUUGUUAUUUCAGGUUUCUGCUUUUCACCAAUAAAUGACAGUCACGGCACCAUUGGAGUUACACAAUCACAAGGUACUAAAGUGACAGGUGUUGCUGCUUAUGCUCUGAACUCAAUGAGAGGUUUUUCUCUUGGGGAAACAAAGGGGCACAGAGAGAGGGGGAAAAUCCUUAAUUGACACGCUGAGAUUUUUUCCUUCUGUCUUUAUGCAAUACUCAUAUUUGCACUGAAAGAAAUGUUGCAUGACCGCAUGCUUUAUCCAGCUCAUCUAGCUUGACUGCAAGAAAUGUGUAUGGUGGGGAGGAAGCCUUCAUUUCAGGACAUCAUUAGGUCAAUGUAAGGAUGCUUCAGAUGAGCACCUUCAUCCUGGUAAACAGUUUAUUGGUGUUUUUCUGUAGGCCAUGUUUGUAUCAGGACUUACACCCACAUUACAACUUAGCAAGAAAACAAACUAUUGUGACAUUGACGAUACCGAGGUGUUUUUCACUUCAAUGACUGCAGCUUGUAAUAGCUUCAGUUUAACUCUUUAAGAUCUGCUCUGAAGAAGAGGAAUGAUAGUGAUAUCCACUGUCAUUAUGCCUGCUGCAUAUAAAUUGAUGGCACUGGAAAAAAAAAAAAAAAAAAAAAAAAAAAGGGAUUUUUGAAAGUUAUUUGAGUUGGAUGAGAAGGUGCAUUGUGCUCACAAGCUCUUAAGCUGUCCCAUGAGUAAACUUUUGAGAUUGUUUUCCUGGCUGUGGUAAAUGUGUACUUUUACAUCAGAACAUGGCAACAAGAUGAUUGCUACAAAGAUGCUGUGUUUCAUUUCAUUGCUCAAAUUCUUACCAAAACCUUUCCUUUGAUAGUCAUUUCCAUUGUUCAAUAAAGCAAUAUUUGCUUUAAUCAAGUUUUUUUUUUUUUCUUUCUCCCGAUGAUACUGACCAUUUUGUGUGACUGUGGAGGCAGCAACUAACAGUUAAAAUGUAAUGUUAUAGUUAAAAUCCAAUGUUGGGGUCAAAUUCACAUGUAAUACAUGAACGUGCACUAUUAAUCAGCUAAUUGUGUCAAACACAACACAUCCACAAGAAUUAAAAAUCACUUACACUUAAGCCGCCUGCAGCUUAGCUUAAUAGAAAAGUUGCAAGUCACGCUGUCUUCUAGUGGAGAAGUAAUGACUAAAAGGUUAUCAGCACUUCUGGAAUGAAAACACUGUAUGUUUUUAAUUUAAUUGCUAUAUAAACCUACAUGAAAUGUAGGUGGAACUAUUUGUCACAGCUGCAGCCUUCAGGUUUUAAUGAACACAACUUGGAGCUGUGGCAAAGUGCUGGAUUUUGUAGAAGCAUGAAGUUAAGGGUGUCCUGACACAGGCAGCUGUAGCUGUCUCUGAGGCAUCACCUCUGCUAAUGCUAGUCACUGGACUUUUCCCUUGUUUGUCUUCUAGGGCUUGAAAUUUAUCUGACAAAUAAUAUCACCUGCUUUGUGGGACAGGCCAUCCGAGAAGUGGGUGUUUGAAAUUCUAGUAUUUUCUUUAAAAUCUUAUUUGGUACUAAUAAGCAUUGCACUUGCACAGGUUAUGGAUGCAGCUUGCUAACCAUCUUGCAUGCUUUAAUAAUCUUAUGUCCAAAACCAGUGGGUACCAUCAGGGCGGCUGUGUCCACCUUUUAAAAGGUGGACACAGUUGCAAUCCCAACUAUAUCUUACUGUCUGAGCAACCAAAAUGUUGUAAUUGGAAUCCCCAAACAAGACUGCAUUUGUGCAUUUUCAUCAUAUGGAAGGGUUAGGUAGGAUAUUUAGCUUGUAAUCAUAAGGAAGAAAAAAUAAGCCCAUUCUUGUGUGUUUUGAGUUCACCCAUUACAAGAAUAUCUAACUUUAAUAAAAUUAAUUCAUGAUUUAUCUGGGCAUUAAUAGCUCUGAGUAUACUGGAUACGAUAUGAUAUUGGGACAGAGCUAUGCUACAUGUUUCCUGUCUUUGUGCUAAGCUAACAGACAUUCAUGAUUGAGUCUCACCAUCAAGGAGAAAAAAAAUCAUACGGUCAUUCUCUCAUAUUCAUCUCUCUAGACUAAAACAUUAUAGUGUUUUGACUAUCUUCUGCCUUCCAUUGUCCUACAGAGUCUGUGUUUAAUUGCAGUGUUGAUGGAGUCAGUUUCUGCCCUCAGCUUUGUGUCAGACUCUUGUUCGAUUGCCAUAAUGGCAUUUCUAACAUAGGGCAUUCCUUUUUGUUAUCGAAUGGUUAUGAGAAGCUGCUUGUAGCAAAGUUUUGUGAUUGCCAAAAUGUUCAACUCAACACGUCCUGAAAGGAGCAACAGGGAUUAUAUCCUUGUUUGCUUGUGUUGUGCUUAAAGCGUUCAAAAAUACCUGGAUUCACAACAGGUCUUGAGCAUGGUGAUAUUGUGCAGAAGUGUUGGAAAAGCAUAGAAUAAAGUGUUGUUCAGUC